GCUAUUUAUCUGUCGACGCAUCUAUUCUGCACAUUCCCCUAUGUUGUUCUAGGCGGAGGAAUGGAAAACUGCGUUCAAAUCCAUAUUUGUACAUAAAUAAAUGGGUGAUUACGGUUUGGUUUAUUACAGACAGCGACCAUUGGACACCGCUCUACCCUCCUCGACGGACGCGCUCUAAGAUCUGCUCCUCCUCUUCUCCGGUUUCCAUCGGCCAGUUGUGACCCGGCUCGCCCUGGGUCUCGCACAGUAGCGUCGUCGCCUUGUCCCCACUGUUCCUGUCAGCUGCUGGGCAUCAGCAAAACAUGCAGGAUGAGCCUGUGGGGGUGACAACCGAACAACGACCCCCGCCAACAGAGGAAAAGUACAGCAACAACAACACAAUCAAUAAAACCGGGAAACAGCAACCAAAUCAAACCAACAACCAGCUGGGAGCCCUCACUUCCAACUACAACCACCUGAUCCAGAAUCCAGAAUUUACCCAUUUUGGUCAAGAUCAUUUUUGCCCGACGCAGUCUAUCUUUGACCUUCAGCACGACGGGAAAAUACAUCAGCUAGCUGAGUUUGGAUGCACUGAGUCGCCCCUACCCCAAGGAAAAUUCAGUCACCUGCCGCAGAGGCAGCCUUUCACCGCUCAAGUCUCCACCAAACCCGAGCGUAGCGCAGACUCCAGCCCCGGCCGAAUCAGCGGCUCGCCAGUGGAGGAGGUUGAAGCCGAUGUGGAGACUGCUGCGUCGCCAUCGCCCACUUCCGUAAAUCCAAACAAGGUUAAGAUCCAAAUGGACUCCCCCAUCACCCACCAUAUUAAUAACGGCAAUGGCAGUGGCACCGGCAAUAUGUUGGCCGGAGGUCUCGGGGGCGGUUUUCCGAACCUCCAGAACCAAGAGAUGCAGAACCCGAGUGGCGGCUCAGCUUCACCUCCACUCCAUGGAUUCGGAACCCCGUGGUCCGUUCAGACCAGUUCCCCACCACCCGUCUCCAACUCGGCCAACCCUAUCCACCACGCAAACGCGAUUAAUCAGAUGGCUCAUACCGACCCAGACAACAGCUUCUACCCCGGUAUUCCCUCCUCCAUCAACCCGGCCUUCUUUCAGAGUUUUUCUCCGGUGUCGGCUAAUCCGUGCCCAGGGAUUAACGUACAGGGCUUCAGCAGUCCGUUCUCGCCCCAGAUCAACGCCCUUCAGCAGCCGCAGCAGAGCCGCCGGUCCCCGGUCAGCCCCCAGAUGCACCCCCAGCACCAGCAGGGCGUCUUCCUGCAGCAGAGGAACAACUACAACCAUCACCACCAGGUGAGCUAUCUCCAGUCCUCUCUACUCACCUGUUGACAUGGAAACCAUCAUCAGGAUCCCCAUAGAGUAGAGGAUUGAUCCUUAAAAAUGACAGAUAGAAAGAAACUGUUGAAGUGGGAGGGCGAUAUUAAUAUAAUACUUUUUUGUAAAGCUAAUGUAAGUUAAUGCAUCAUGUCACUCCUAGAUGGUAUUAGGCUCAAGCCAUGGUAAUGAAUAUAUGUUAUUACAUAUUAGUUAGCCUAGUAUACAGAAGUGCAAAAAAGCAGCUAUGAUGAUGAAAACAAAUGCAUCCCUGUGCUCCCAGAACAUGUAAGCACUGUCUGGCCAGGGUAGGGCAGGGCUGGGACUGCAUUAUUCAAUAAACACCACACUGUGUGUGUGUGUAUGUGUGUGUGUGUGUGUGUGCAUGCAUUUGACUAACUAAUAGAUCUGAGGUUCAAAUCAAAUAAAAAUGUAUUCAUCACAUGCUUCGUAAACAACAGGUGUAGACUAACAGUGAAAUGCUUACUUACGGGACCUUCCCAACAAUGCAGAGAGAGAGAAAAUAGAGAAAUUAUAGAAAAGUAAAAUACUUAAUACACAAUGAGUAACGACAACUUGGAUAUAUACACGGGGUACCAGUACUAAGUCUGUGUGCAGGGAUAUGAGGUAAUUGAGGUAGAUAAGUACAUAUAACUAGGAAUAAUGUGACAGAUAAUAAACAGUAGCAGCAGCGUAUGUGAUUAGUCAAAAAAGUUAGUGCAAAAAGGGUAAAUGCAGAUAGUCUGGGUAGCUAUUUGGUUAACUAUUUAACUAACCAUUUAGCAGUCUUAUGGCUUGGGGGUAGAAGCUGUUCAGGGUCCUGUUGGUUCCAGACUUGGUGCAUUUGUACCACUGGCCGUGCAGUAGCAGAGAGAACAGUCUAUGAUUUGGGUGGCUGGAGUCUUUGCCCAUUUUUAGGGCCUUCCUCUGACACCGCAUGGUAUAGAGGUCCUGGAUGGCAGGGAGCUCAGCCACAGUGAUGUACUGGGCCGUACGCAUUACCCUCUGCGCCUUGCGGUCGGAUGCCAAGCAGUUGCCAUACCAAGUGGUGAUGCAGCCAGUCAAUAUGCUCUCAAUGGUGCAGCUGUAUAACUUUUUAAGGAUCUGAGGGCCCAUGCCAAAUCUUUUCAGCCUCCUGAGGGGGAAGAGGCGUUGCCGUGCCCUCUUCACGACUCUGUUGGUGGGUGUGGACCAUGAUAGGUCCUUAGUGAUGUGGACACCGAGGAACUGGAAGUUCUCAACCCACUCCACUACAGCCCCGUCGAUGUGAAUGGGGGCGUGCUCGGCCGUCCGUUUCCUGUAGUCCACGAUCAGCUCCAUUGCCUUUCUGACGUUGAGGGAGAGGUUAAUGUACUUACUAUGACUGGGAUAUGUGGUUGUCCCGCCUAGCUAUCUUAAGAUGAAUGCACUAACUAUAAGUCGCUCUGGAUAAGAUUGUCCGCUAAAUGACUCAAAUGUAAAUGUAAUUGUGUGAGUGUGUGUGUGUGUCUGUGCAUGCUAAGGGUGUGUGCGGGUGAGUGUGCAUGUGUGGCUGCUUGUGGCUAGACAUCAUCAGCACCAAGGCCGUCACACACACACAUAAGCACUCUCUCCCACACACGUAGACAUACCCAUCUUUCCUAAAUGUGCAAGAGCUGUACAUAUAUACAGCAUAGAGUGGAGGGCUGGAGACUGCUGCAUGACAGCAUGCAAGUUUUAGCAUGAGAGAGUUGAUUGUGUGGAUGUAUGGUAGAGAGAGAGAGGGACAGUGUGUGUGUGUGUGUGAGAGAGAGAGAGAGAGAGAGAGAGUGAGGGAGAGAGAGAGAGAGAGAGGUGAGAGAGAGAGAUGAUAGGAGCGAGUAGAGAGAGUGAGAGAUGAGCGAUAGAGAGAGAUAGAGAGAGAGACGAUUGAUAGAGAGAGGAGGAGAGAGAGAGAGAGAGAGAGUGAGUGAGUGUAAUUGGGUUUUAGUGGUGUCAGUGUGCAUGGGGAUGACUUUGUCUUAGUCUUAAAGCUCUAAAUCUUCUUACCCCUCCACCCCCUCCAAAGGACCAGGUCAUAGUAGGCUAUGGCAGAGGGAAACACAGGAUCAAAAGAAACACACAAAAUACCAACAAUUAAUACAAUCACAUCCCCUCCUCCCUCAUGCUCUCUCUCUCUCUCUCUCUCUCUCUCUCUCUCUCUCUCUCUCUCUCUCCUCUCUCUCUCUCUCUAUCUCAUCUCCUCUCUCUCUCUCUCUAGCCCAUGGUGAAGCAGUCUCCCUGGGGGGGCAGUCACCAGGGGAGUGGUUGGAGCUCUGGGGGUAUGUCCUGGGGUCGGGACCACCGUCGUGGUGGAGGCAUGGGCAUCCUGGGCUCUGUCAGCCAGGUCUCCCCCAUGAAGAAACCCUUCUCCAGUAACGUCAUCGCACCGCCCAAGUUCCCCCGUUCUGCCGGCCCCAUGGGCCCCAAGGCCUGGAUUGAGGAGAACAUGUUCCGAACAGACAGUAACAUUAACACGCUUAUGCCUCUCCAGGUACGUGCUUUGAAUGUACAGUAUUUGGCUGUGGUGUAUGUGUUUUUCUCAGUAAGCAGACACUGAGUGUACAAAACAUUAGCAACACCUGCUCUUUCCAUGACAUAGACUGACCAAGUGAAUCCAGGUGAAAGCUAUGAUCACUUAUUGAUGUCACCUGUUAAAUCCACUUCAAUCAGUGUAGAUGAAGGGGAGGAGACAAGUUAAGGGUUUUUAAGUCUUGAGACAAUUGAGACAUGGAUUGUGUGUGUGUGCCAUUCAGAGGGUGAAUGGGCAAGACAACAUAUUUAAGUGCCUUUGAACGGAGUAUGGUAGUAGGUGCCAGGCGCACCAGUUUGAGUGUGUCAAGAACUGCAACGCUGCUGAGUUUUUCAUGCUCAACAGUUUCCUGUGUGUGUCAAAAAUGGUCCACCACCCAAAGAACAUCCAGCCAACUUGACACAACUGUGGGAAGCAUUGGCGUCAACAUGGGUCAGCAUCCCUGUGGAACACUUUCGACACCUUGUCAAGUCCAUGCCCCGACGAAUUGAGGCUGUUCUGAGGGCAAAAGGUGGUGCAACUCAAUAUUAGGAAGCUGUUCCUAAUGUUUUGUACACUCAGUGUAAAUAUACAGGGGUCUGUGUGUGUGUGUGUGUGUGUGUGUGUGUGUGUACUGUAUAAAUGUUGGUGGGAGGAGUGCAAAAGGGUUUUAAUGCUUUGAGUGAAAUAGGGCCGGACUCAUAGGAUUACGGAAUCAUUUCCUGAAUUAGAUAUUGGAGCCAGAGAGUGAGCGAGAGAGUGGGUGUUUGAGAGAGAGUGGUCGAUCAAAGGUAGAGAGAGAGAGAGAACAGGGAUGACAGGGGAAAGGUUUAAAUGAUGGGAAUGGGACAGUUUAAUAUUCACAGCCCUGUUUUCAAAGUACAGAGUGUUUCAGAGUGUAGGAUUGUGGGUAAGAAGGAGCAGGAAGGCGACAAACAUCAAACGCAGAAAGCCAGACAGGGAGAGCAGAUCAGGAGGCAGAGGGGAAGAGAGAGAGCCGGGAGGGAGAAGAGGGGGGAGAGAGGAAGGGGGAGAGUGUAAAGGGGCUCUUUAGAAAACACACAGCUGAGAAUAAAUGUCACUCCCAGAUGACGAGCAGAAUUACCAUUUCAAUCAGAUGGGAACGGUGUUAUUUAUUUCUGCCAUAGUGGAGGUGUCAGGGAACGGGGCUGCAGUUAGAGCUGCUUUAAAGGUACUUUAACACCACAUUUAGCAGAUUUCACCUGAGUCUAUUUCAAGAUGGGAGUUGUUAUAGCUCUAUGUACACAUACUUAUAGACCCAUAACUGAUGUCAUCUAAUUAUGCACAGCACAGUUCUGACCUUUUAAGUACAAAGGGGGAAACUGGAGGUAGAAGGCCUUUAGAAAGGAUCUUUGGGCGGGCCCCCGUCACCAUACUGUAUUUUCCCUGGUGGAGACCGGAAAAACACGCUAGUUAUUCCCCUGAUAUAUUUUUCAAAGUAAUCCCUCAUCACUUUCUCCCCUUUGUCAUGGCUCUCCUCUUCCUCUUCCAGGAAGCAGGCACGGCUCCAGGAAUUGUUCAUUUCCAUAAACAGUGUCUGACCAGCAAUUCCUCAGAUUCCAUACACGUCUUCUCUCUUUUCCUUCCUUCCUCUGUGUUAUGUUUGGAUAGGGGUUUAGCAUUUGUGCUUCAUCAUGAUGUGAACGUCAUUGACAGAGAUAUUCAGAAGGAGAGAGAGGGGGGUGUAUGCUGGCACUGGGGGAGAGAGAGUGGUUACCUACUUCCUAUUCCAUGGAGUGUACAUUCCUACACGCUUCGAUCAUUCCAUAAUAAUGCCUUUAUAAAUGAUUCAGAAGAUAUGUCAUACCAUAUAAAGGAUGUUAUAAUACACAGACCUGUACUACAUUCUCAUUCGGUGACAGUGUGGCAACACUCCUCAGUUGCUACAGUGGAUACAGCAUCACCUAAACCAGAAUGUCCAGCCGAUGACAGGCUAUAGGAUAUUUAACGGCCAUGUUGUUUUUCCCCUAUGUAAAGCCCAGCUAUAGACAGGCCUGGAGGGACCCUGGCUGGGCUGCCUGUAAUAAUCUGAUAUUAUCCAAACAAAGGCCUUUUCUCUCUGCCCACCCUCUUGCUGCCAGGGGCCUUGACUGAUGCCUCAGAGUCAGGCAGUAAAUGUUAGCCUAACAUUAGGCUACAAAUCACACACAGACUGACCACUGGACCACUUUUAGUUCAGUGUUUUUAAUCCUGUGUGUGGAGCAGUAGUGUGUGGUCAGGCUACAGUGGGGAAAAAAAGUAUUUAGUCAGCCACCAAUUGUGCAAGUUCUCCCACUUAAAAAGAUGAGAGAGGCCUGUAAUUUUCAUCAUAGGUACACGUCAACUAUGACAGACAAAAUGAGAAAGAAAAUCCAGAAAAUCACAUUGGAGGAUUUUUAAUGAAUUUAUUUGCAAAUUAUGGUGGAAAAUAAGUAUUUGGUCAAUAACAAAAGUUUCUCAAUACUUUGUUAUAUACCCUUUGUUGGCAAUGACACAGGUCAAACGUUUUCUGUAAGUCUUCACAAGGUUUUCACACACUGUUGCUGGUAUUUUGGCCCAUUCCUCCAUGCAGAUCUCCUCUAGAGCAGUGAUGUUUUGGGGCUGUCGCUGGGCAACACGGACUUUCAACUCCCUCCAAAGAUUUUCUAUGGGGUUGAGAUCUGGAGACUGGCUAGGCCACUCCAGGACCUUGAAAUGCUUCUUACGAAGCCACUCCUUCGUUGCCCGGGCGGUGUGUUUGGGAUCAUUGUCAUGCUGAAAGACCCAACCACGUUUCAUCUUCAAUGCCCUUGCUGAUGGAAGGAGGUUUUCACUCAAAAUCUCACGAUACAUGGCCCCAUUCAUUCUUUCCUUUACACGGAUCAGUCGUCCUGGUCCCUUUGCAGAAAAACAGCCCCAAAGCAUGAUGUUUCCACCCCCAUGCUUCACAGUUGGCAUGGUGUUCUUUGGAUGCAACUCAGCAUUCUUUGUCCUCCAAACACGACGAGUUGAGUUUUUACCAAAAAGUUCUAUUUUGGUUUCAUCUGACCAUAUGACAUUCUCCCAAUCCUCUUCUGGAUCAUCCAAAUGCACUCUAGCAAACUUCAGACGGGCCUGGACAUGUACUGGUUUAAGCAGGGGGACACGUCUUGCACUGCAGGAUUUGAGUCCCUGGCGGCGUAGUGUGUUACUGAUGGUAGGCUUUGUUACUUUGGUCCCAGCUCUCUGCAGGUCAUUCACUAGGUCCCCCCGUGUGGUUCUGGGAUUUUUGCUCACCGUUCUUGUGAUCAUUUUGACCCCACGGGGUGAGAUCUUGCGUGGAGCCCCAGAUUGAGGGAGAUUAUCAGUGGUCUUGUAUGUCUUCCAUUUCCUAAUAAUUGUUCCCACAGUUGAUUUCUUCAAACCAAGCUGCUUACCUAUUGCAGAUUCAGUCUUCCCAGCCUGGUGCAGGUCUACAAUUUAGUUUCUGGUGUCCUUUGACAGCUCUUUGGUCUUGGCCAUAAUGGAGUUUGGAGUGUGACUGUUUGAGGUUGUGGACAGGUGUCUUUUAUACUGAUAACAAGUUCAAACAGGUGCCAUUAAUACAGGUAACGAGUGGAGGACAGAGGAGCCUCUUAAAGAAGAAGUUACAGGUCUGUGAGAGCCAGAAAUCUUGCUUGUUUGUAGGUGACCAAAUACUUAUUUUCCACCAUAAUUUGAAAAUAAAUUCAUUUAAAAUCCUACAAUGUGAUUUUCUGGAUUUUUUUUCCUCAAUUUGUCUGUCAUAGUUGACGUGUACCUAUGAUGAAAAUUUCAGGCCUCUCUCAUCUUUUUAAGUGGGAGAACUUGCACAAUUGGUGGCUGACUAAAUACUUUUUUCCCCCACUGUAUAUGUGGACCAUAUGUCUAGCAUCUCAUUUUCGGCACCUAGAAAAUGUUUUUAUUGUCUAAUUAGAUAAGAGAGUAAAAAUUAAGUUUGAGGUGUGAGAGGUGCUGAUAUGACCUUUCACUAUCUCUCCUAAUGUUCUCAACCGUGAGAGGGUAAAGAUCUGUGUAAACCAUUUUCUAAGUCUUUCUUCUAAAGGCUCUGCCAUCUGUGGUAUGUUAUAAAGGUUGAGUGGUCUCUGGUUUAGAUCUACUGUGCAGGGGUCUGUCUUAUUGCCCCUCUGAUGAGUUCAUAAUAACCUCCAUCCCAUCCCAGCAAGCACUCUGGUUAAAUGCCAUUCCUGGAUUUGGUUUCUGCUCUCUCUCUCUGUCUGUCUCUCGGACGUGCUCCAGAGUUCCUGGUGAAUCCAUCGUUGGGUCCAUUCUGCUCACAAGCAUACCUUAGUACCCCUGAAGUGAAUAAAUACAGAUUUUUUUAUCCAUGUAUGUGCUGUUCACAUGCUGAAUAUUAAGCCACACACACAGGAUUUAUUACCCAUGCCUAUGUGCCAGACCACUGCAGUUGUUGUAUGUGUGUGUUUCAGUUUGACUGUUUUAAUAUCUCUGUCUUUCCCCCUCUCCCUCCCUCUCUCCCUCUCUCUCUCUCUCCUCUCAGGAUCGCUCUAGAAUGUACGACAGUCUGAACAUGCACUCCCUGGAAAGCUCUCUGAUUGACAUCAUGCGGGCGGAGCAGGAUCCAAUGAAGGGUGAGACACUACUUACUUACUCCCUCCCACUGUCUUUAAUUCUCAUACUUACUGUACUGAGUCACUUACUCACUGAAUAAUGGAAAAGGGCAUUGUGAUUGUGGAGAACGGUGGUUAGGGGGAAUGCAUAUGAGGCGCAGCAUACCCUUUCCGAAGGCACUGACAGGCUUCCUGCUCGCUCCUCGAGGCAUGUUGUUUUCCCCAGAGCGAGCAGCUUAUGUUCUCCCUGGUAAGAGUGGGUAUUACUGCCACCAUCGGCUGUGUCUUUAAAUGAACUUACAGCCCUGAUCCUGCUGCUACUGCUACUGCUUAACCUGGGGCACACUGACAGACAGGAGUCAGACAGCCUGGCAGCACUCUCUGUCCUGAUAAGGUAGGGUAGGACACUCCUCACAGGGACAAGGAGUAGGGUGACAAAAACAGGGCUGGCCUUCAGGCCUCUCCUCUCAUCACAGCUACUGGAUCUUGAGAAGAGACUCCAUCCAGGUGCACUGCAGUCAGUGUAAAAUGACUCCUAGCUAGCUACACACAUAGUUACGCCUACUGGCUUCAACAUACUCCUCCAGACCACGGAUUGGAGGCUCCUAAGCUUAUAUGUCAGAGACUGAGAGGCAGGUUUACAUUUACAGUACAUUGAAUUUGGCACAGUGUACUACCCCUGAAAGACUAUUAUUAUUAUUGUUCAUAAUUGACUAGUCUAAAUAGUGAUGUCAUUCUCACAGCCAGUGUCCUGUACUCCCCCUGUCCAGGACUCUGAGUUGAAUUUCUUGUUUAGCCCCUGCAGGAGCAGAUAGAGCAGACAUUUUAGUCACACAUCUUAUCCAGAGCGACUUACAUGAGCAAUUAGUGCUAAGUGCCUUGCAUCAAGGGCACAUCAACAGACUUUUCACCUAGUCGGCUCAGGGAAUCGAACCAGCGACCUUCUGGGUACAGACCCAUUGCUCUUAACUGCUAGGCUAGCUGCCGACAUAGGCCAGUAUUCACAGCACAGACAACCAGAGGGAAACAGACUAAAUUUAGACAUGAUCACACAUUCACACACUGCAUGUGACAGCCAGAGGAGUGCGGAGAGGAGGGUGGGGGGGAGGGGGGGACUGUAGGGGAGGGUGGUCUUUGCCAUUUAUAGCCCUGACUGCUAGGCACAGAGCUAAUCUAACAGUGCAGAAGCAGAAGGCAAGCACAAACCUAACAGGGCUUUAGAAAUUAGCUUAGCUAACUGGGCAUGGGAGAUUUACCAUGCUAACAUGGCAGUGGAAAAAGGGUUGCUUCUUUUUCAACUGGAGAUCAGAUAAUUUGCCAGCAUCCCUUCUUUCUCUGUUCACACGUCGGCGAUUCUUCCCAUUAAAUAGCUGACAUUUGCUUCUGAUACUUCAUUAGGGUUAACCCAAAUCUAUUUCCGUUUUUUUUUUUUUGUGUGAUAAAACAUUUAGAUAACCAGGAAGUUGGCGAUGUCUGCAUAACAGCAAGUGAUUCAGGUUUCGCAUUAAGGCUCCCUCAUUGCAUUCUAGGUAACAAGCUCUGUAGCUUAACAUGCUAAGCAAGUUCUAUAUGUUUUUUUUUGUCAGCUCAAGCUGUCUCCAUGGAUAAAUAGGGUAUUGUUCUGUGUUCUGUUUCUGACACUACAGCUCAGUAGGCUAUAGUCAUGUGACAAUGGUGCUGCUGCUCCAUAUACAUGGCCGUGCCCGUGAUGGCCUCGCCCUGGCCUCCAUCUGCUGAGAGUCUCAUCCCUGUGUGUAUGUGUGUGUGUGUGUGUGUGUGUGUGUGUGUGUGUGUGUGUGUGUGUGUGUGUGUGUUUGUCUCUCUCUAAUCUCAGGCCGGGUGGGAUGCCCUCACCCUGGAGCCGACGGCCUGCUCAUGCUCAAUGGUAAUUAUCUCUCCUGGCCAACACCAGCUUGUGUGUCUUCUUCCAUCUCCAUCGCCAGACUGUUUUAGAAAUGUCUCAGUGUAAAUGUUUCCAUAUCAUCAUUAUCACAUUAGGGAUGCUUAACCAGGCUAGAUCGAGAUGCAGGCUAGACAGGAUGUAUAGGAUGGACAUUUCUGUCACUUUUCUGAACUUAAUUUGUGUUGGGAUAUACCCUUCUCCAAAGUGGACUGUGUUGGAUUGUUUUGUUUAAUGAGUAGUGUUGGUUCUCCUAUGCUGUGCUGUGUGAGUGUCAGUUAGGCUGACACUAGACUGUAGUAACAGUGUAGUAAACAUGUCACCUGUGAUAUAUGUAUAUAGAAUCUAUAGGACAAACUCAGCCACCCUGUCAACUCUAAAAAAGUAAUGAGGGAUAUACAUUGUUGUUGUAAUCCUACUGUGGCUUGAGAUAAUGAAGAACGUCCAAGAUGUUUAGUAGUGUGGUUCACAUGAUGAAUUGAAAUGCCUAGUUGUCUAAGUCACAUGGCCAGCAGCAGGAGAGCCAGAUAGCUAGGUCAUGUAGCUUGUUUAUGUAGGCUAGGUCACAUGACUAGAGGCCAGGAGAAGACUAGUGUUGUUACCAUUAGGCUGGUCCUCAGCCUAGCGCGAUUUACAAUAAAGUCCUGCUUGAAACAAAGUUGCUAUGUUUCCAUCCAAUUUGCAACAGGUUUUCGAAUCUGCAACAACAAAUAAAUGCGCAUUUCCCCAGCAGAGGUGUUUCCAUCAGACUGACUUUGUUGUGGGAUAAAAACAUAAAAGACAUAGUGCACAAAAAAAACAGUUUUGCGCUUAAGAUUUCAUGUACCGAAUAAUAAACGUGUUUGUGUUUCCAUUGCAUUUUCCACUCUACCGAUUUUUUUGUCACACAAACUGUUGCGAUAAAUUACAAACUUGCCCAAUCUCUUUUUUUGCGCAUUCUGCUCUCAGACAACAGUUCGCUUAUAAAGUGGACACUCAGUGAAACUGCAGUAAAAGUGCAGUAACUGCAGUCGACUGUGGUAUUUUGGACGCAGUAAUUGCAGAAUAACUGCAGUGUAGUUAUACUUACGGAAUCCAUGUAACUGUUAGGUUAUAUAAUGAGAUGGAUAAGAGCAAGAUCAUUUGUAUUUGUUAAUUGGCAGCUAAGCACUGAUCAUCAUUUCAUUAUCAUACAAAUGAACACCCUCAAUAUUUAUUGGAAAGGAGCACCAAGCUCAUCACCGUGCACUUUCACCACCCUGUAGUCUAAGCUGUGCAUACUUUUCCAAGUUGCAGUGGGAGGACCACCAACAUAGCAUCGCGUGACAGCAAAUGUACAUCCACAUGAUAGUUAUUCUAUCAACAAUUGCGCAAGUCAUUUCCACCACAAUUUGUUGCAUAAUUAAUUUUACCGAUACAAAAAGAUCCCACCAUGUUGAACGAACAAAUUAUCUGUCGACAUUUAUAAAACCGACACUUCUUGUUUCCAUCACACUCGCAUAAAAAUUGUGGAUGGAAACCUAAUGAUAAGUUUGUGACGAUAAUAAGGUUUAUGACACUCCAACCAUGCAGUUAGAUGAUGAGGAGAUGAAAGGGGGUAGGGGGAAAUAAUGCUACUAGGUACUAGAGGACCAUAGUUUGAUUGCUCUGUAGUGUCAGUAGUACCAGCCAGGUCUGUGGGUGCUUUACUUUGCAAGGAAUGUCUGCAAGGCAUAAAACCACUCUUUACUUUGUUUACAUACAGCAAGAAGCUAUGGGAGACGUCGAGGUAAAGCCGCCUUCAUGUGACGUGCAGUCUGUGUCAUGUCAUGUGUGUUGCGUGUACAUACACUACACAGCAUGCUUUAACGCUACUGAACUGCAGCUACCAAAACAGUGUCUGGAUACAAACAAUUCAGUGUUUCUAGUUUCAGCAUGACUCGCCACCAACGGUUAAAGGCCCAGUGCAGUCAACAUUUUAUUUUUUCUGUGUUUUGUAUCAUAUUGUAAAACAGCUGAUGAAAAUAGCACUGUAAAAGUGGGAUAAAUAAAAAAUCAGUGUUAUUUCCUGAUAGUUGCUGGUUGAAUGUUUGCAUGGGCUUUCCAGGCGGUACAUUGGUUAAUAGACCAAUAACAAAGUUCCAAACCUCUCUGCAAAUAAAAGCUAGUUUUAAGUUUCCUCUCCCCACUCAGAUCACUCCCAGACAGUCCUAGCAAAAUUGUUCCUUGAGAAAGUUUUUUGCUAAAAAUAUAUUUUUGUCAAUUUUAAUGGAAGUAAGGUACUUAAUUGUUACCCAGAAAUGAUUUGAUAUUGAUACAAAUAUGGCUGCAUUGGACCUUUAACUGAUGUGGGAGACAAAAAAGCCUAAAUCAUUUAGUAUGAAUAAUAAGUGGUGUCCCAAGCAGUUGCUUCUUGUACCAGCAUUUGCUUUUGGUUUUUCAAUGUACUAUGUUACAGGUCACUGUGCUGCACAAUAUGUGCUUACAUCCAGACAUAGCACAUUGCAAUAGGUUUCAGAUUCAGUAAACCAUAGGUUUACCUCAGUCCAUUGCUCUAACCACUGCUACUGCUUUGCCCCAUGGUAACAGCUUGUAUCCACAGCUUUCUUACCAGACCUCAAGCCUGUCCUCUCUGUCUGCUGUCUGUCAGUCAGUCACAGAGCUCUGGCUGGAGUAUUCAUGGUUGCGUGUCUUGGUCUUACAGCACAUCUAUACUAGAUUGCACAUAAUCCUCUAUCGCUUUAUGCUUAUACUUUAUAUUGUAGCUACAAAGCACAAAGCCUGAUGACAGAUGUAAACAGCCAUGGCACAUGUUGUUAUAGGCCCUGUGCAUUUAUCAUGUGAAUCAUUAUAAAACUGAGGAGGCUGGUGGGAGGAGCUAUAGGUUACGGCUCAUUGUAAUGGCUGGAAUGGAAUAUUGGAACGUAGGCUAAAUGUGUUUUCCGUAUGUUUGAUGUGUUUGAUACUGUUCCAUUGAUUCCAUUCCAGCCAUUACAAUGAGCCUGUCCUCCUAUAGCUCCUCCCACCAGCCUCCUCUGAUGUAUAUAACAUUAAGCCGUUGUGCUCCAUGAGUGUUCAAUCUAGUAACUGUCAGUGGGUGUUAUAACAGAGUUAGGACAGAACCAUUGGUUGGAUCUGUUGUUGGUAAACCCCCAAAUAUUGAAUAUCCACAGCAGAAGUAUGGGUGCCUGCGGAUGUCAUUGUCCAUGCGGUCUGACCUCUGACCUCCUCUUCUCCAGGCCGCUCCUCCCUGUUCCCCAUUGAAGACAGCCUCCUUGACGACGGGCACGGUAACCAGGGCGUCCCAGGGCUUGGCCCUAACUGUUACCCCCACCCGAACGGGGAGCGCAUCGAACGUUUCUCCCGCAAAGUGUUUGUGGGCGGCCUUCCCCCUGACAUAGAUGAAGGUGAGAGGAGGAAGAGCAUAACACAAUGUUGUUAGUUCAGUGACAGUUUGUCUGUGCCAGUCUAUAUGCUGGUGUGAAAGGUUGAUCUUACUCACGUUGGUUCCUUCUUCUUUCCCCCUCCUCCCUUUCUCCUCACUCUCCCACCUUCCUCUCUCCUCUUCUAUCUUUCUCUCGUCAGAUGAGAUCACCAACAGUUUCCGUCGCUUUGGCCACCUGGUGGUGGACUGGCCACACAAGGCUGAGAGCAAAUCCUACUUCCCCCCGAAAGGUAAAGCUGAACUCAGAAUUUCUUUAACUGAAACUGAUAUAAAUGUAUGUCAUAAAGGUAUGUCUUAGCACUGUAUACUGUAUGUAUAUGGCCUGUAGCCAUCAAUGAAGUCCUUGUGACUGCUGGAAGAGACAGCACAGCUAAAUUAACAAUUUUUUUACAUUUUAGUCAUUUAGCAGACGCUCUUAUCCAGAGCGACUUACAGUUAGUUAUUUUUUUUUUAUUUUUUUCAUACCCCCCGUGGGAAUCGAACCCACAACCCUGGCGUUGCAAACGCCAUGCUCUACUGAGCUACAUCCCUGCCGGUCAUUCCCUCCCCUACCUUGGACGACGCUGGGCCAAUUGUGCGCCGCCACAUAGGUCUCCCGGUCGCGACCGGCUAUGACAGAGCCUGGAUUCGAACCAGGAUCUCUAGUGGCACAGCUAGCACUGCUAUGCAGUGCCUUAGACCACUGCGCCACUCGGGAGGAACCCACAUUCUCUUUCCCUUAUGACUACCUACAUAGUCUGUAUAUUUAGUACUUGUAGUACUUGGCAAAUGGGAAUAAUUCAGUGUAUUUGUAGCAGUAUUUUUCCCCACUAUUGGAUAUGCUGUCCAGGCGCUAUCCCCUGAGAGUGUGUUGUGUGUGUUGCCUAGGUUACGCCUUCCUGCUGUUCCAGGAGGAGAGCUCAGUGCAGGCUCUGAUCGAGGCCUGCAUGGAAGAGGACGGCAAGCUCUACCUGUGUGUCUCCAGCCCCACCAUCAAAGACAAGCCUGUGAGUCCGACACAAACCCAGCUCUCUGUAGGGCCACUGCCACCAGCAAGGACAUCUGUGAGACUAGCAACACCUACGCAGUGUAAUUAUAUCUGCCGAUGAUUAAAUGUAUGGGAUAUGUGUGUAUGUGUGUGUGUCUCCAGGUCCAGAUUCGUCCAUGGAACCUGAGUGACAGUGACUUUGUGAUGGACGGCUCUCAGCCUCUGGAUCCUCGUAAGACCAUCUUUGUAGGAGGCGUUCCCCGCCCUCUCAGAGCAGGUAAACACACACACCCAAUCUCCCUCUAUCACAGAGCUCUCCAACCCUGUUCCUGGAGAGCUACCCCUGUAGUAUUUCACUUCAACCCCAGUCUAACCUGGUUCAACUUAUCAACCAGCUAAUUAUUAGAAUCAGGUGUGCUAGAUUAGGGUUGGAGUGAAAACCUACAGGACAGUAGCUCUCCAAGUAGAGGGUUGGGCAGCCCUGCUGUAGUUUAUCUACUCAGUAUGUAAUUGGAUCGAUAUGUUCAUGUUGGUGAUGGUAAAAAGAUAAACAGAUGUUGUGUUUGGAGUAAUAUGGACCGUCUGAAAGCUGGCAAUGUUUUCCUCGUGUAAUCACAUCUUGUAUAAUUAAUCUGACAAAACCCUCCUGCACUCUCUCUCUUACCCCUCCCCCAUCUCACCUACUCAUGUGUCACUUCCCCAUCUCCUCCCCCCAUUAUUUUCUCUCUCCAGUGGAGUUGGCCAUGAUUAUGGACCGUCUCUAUGGGGGGGUCUGCUACGCUGGCAUCGACACCGAUCCAGAGCUCAAGUACCCCAAGGGGGCGGGGCGCGUGGCCUUCUCCAAUCAGCAGAGUUACAUCGCUGCUAUCAGUGCCAGAUUCGUCCAGCUGCAACAUGGAGACAUUGACAAGCGGGUAUAGUCCUCCUCCCUCCCUCCCUCCCUCCCUCCCUCCCUCCCUCCCUCCCUUCCUCCCACCCUCCCACCCUCCCACCCUCCCUCCCUCCCUCCCUCCCACCCCCUCCUCCCCCCUCUCAAAAACCACACAAUCCUGUUUUAGAUGUUCUCCUCAUGAUUUUCUAGGGAUGAAGAGAGAGAGUAAGAGAGUGAGCGUGUGAGAGAAUCAGUCCUCCUGAGGAUUUGUGGUUCAAAGAAAAAGAGUAUGUGUGUUCCCUCAGCAUCACACACAGAUAGUCAGAUGGUGGUUGCUAUGGAGAGCAGAAAGCUUGUUAGUGCUGAUUGAAUUAGUUCCAUUUCCAGUCUCAUCUCGCUCUUAGCACUGACUCCUUUGUCUUUGAAUCUCACAGAGCCUCAAACCCUGUCCUUGUUUGUAUAGUAGCAUGUUCAUCUCUCACUAUGUAUCUCAGCAUUUUACCUGUGCUUUCUCAGUGUACUUACAUUCUGUAUGCUACAUGUAUUUACAUCCAUACCUAUUCUUUUAUAGGUAUAUUAUUUGGAUAUCCGACCGGCAGAACAAAAACUUAAUUUAGGCAUACUAAAUUAAUUAAGGUUAGGUUGAGGAACAAGUGUUAGGUUUAGGUUAAGUUUAGGUAGUUUCGCUGAGGUUAAGGUCAGGGUUUUGGAAAUACAUAAAAGUUAACAUUGGUUUAGCAUAACGCCGUCCGCUGCCAUACUGUCGAUUUUAUGCCGGUCAAAUAUACACUGCCUAUUAUUUAUCCUAUUGGCUUUCUCAGUAUACACUGAGUGUACAAAACAUUAGGAACACCUGCUCUUUCCAUGACAUAGACUGACCAGGUGAAUCCAGGUGAAAGCUAUGAUCCCACCUGUUAAAUCCACUUCAAUCAGUAAAAGACGGAUCUUUAAGCCUUGAGACAAUUGAGACAUGGAUUGUGUGUGUGCUAUUUAGAGGGUGAAUGUGCAAGACAAAGAUUCAAAUGCCUUUGAACGGGGUAUGGUAGUAGGUGCCAGGCGCACCGGAUUGAGUUUGUCAAGAACUGCAACACUGCUGAGUUUUUCACACUCAACAGUUUCCCGUGUGUAUCAAGAAUGGUCCACCACCCAAAGGACAUCCAGCCAACUUGACACAACUGUGGGAAGCAUUGGAGUCAACAUGGGCCAGCAUCCCUGUGGAACGCUUUCAACACCUUGUAGUCCAUGCCCCGACAAAUUGAGGCUGUUCUGAGGGCAAAGGAGGUGCAACUCAAUAUUAGGAAGUUGUUCUUAAUGUUUUCUACACUCAGUGUAUAUAUCUGUGCUGUGUCUGUGUAUUCCACUUCUAAUCCCCUCCCCUCCCCUCCCCGGUACCCCUGUACCCCUGUACCCCUGUACCCCUAUACCCCUGUACCCCUGUACCCCUGCAGGUGGAGGUGAAGCCCUAUGUUCUGGAUGACCAGCUGUGUGAUGAGUGCCAGGGGGCGCGUUGCGGGGGGAAGUUUGCCCCUUUCUUCUGCGCCAACGUGACCUGCCUCCAGUACUACUGUGAGUUCUGCUGGGCUAACAUCCACUCCCGCGCCGGCCGAGAGUUCCACAAGCCGCUGGUCAAAGAGGGGGCUGACCGCCCACGCCAGAUCCACUUCCGCUGGAACUGA